AUGCUGGUUGGAAAUACUAUCUGGUUAUCAUCUGCUGGUCAGCUGUUUUCAUUCCAGGGAAUCCACCUAAUCACCUCCCUGACCCCAAACGGACGAAAAGUCCACAUUCUCCUAGAAGAACUCAAGGACGUCUACGGCCUCGAGUGGACAACCAGUCUCAUUGACCUAGACACAAAAGAACAGAAAAAAGAAUGGUUCCUCAAACUCAAUCCCAACGGCCGAAUCCCCAUUCUAAUAGACAAUACCAGAAGCCCACCCCACCCGGUCAUGGAAUCCUCCGCAGAACUGCUCUACCUCGUCUCCAGCAUCGACAAAGACCACCAAUUCUGGUUCUCGGACCCAAUCGAACAAAGCGAAGCCUACCAAUGGUUGAUCUUUUGGCAUGCAUCGGGGCAACCGAUCCAGGGACAAUAUAAUUACUUCCGGAGGCAUACGAUCGAUCCUCAUGCAACGACCCGCUUUAGAGACGAGGUUCUCCGGAUUUACCAGGUUCUGGAGGCGCAUCUGUCAGGAAAGCAUAGUUGCAAUGCGCGAGAGUACCUCGCUGGACCCGGUAGUGGGAAGUAUAGCAUCGUUGACAUCAAUGCUUGGGCUUGGAUUCGGACCUAUCGGUCUAUUGGGUUCUCGGAGGAUGAGAUUGCGGCUUGGCCUUCUUUAGGGCAGUGGGUGGAUCGUAUCGCGGAGAGGCCGGCUGUGCAGCGCGGAUUGGGGGAAUGUCGACUCAAACGCUUAAGGUUCCAUCCAUCAUACACUUCCAACGGCGAACAAUACUCUAAAUGCACCUCUAUAUCCUUGACCUCCAAUUCUUGGAUCUGUCAAGACUCAGCGGGUUCGAUGUCAGGACCAGAUAUCUAUAAGAGCACCGACUACUCAUGA